CAGAGCGCUCUGAUUGGCUCUUUGGGUCUUCUGUAGCCUCAGGGCUCAGGCGGCCAAUCGGAUUACAGCAGGGCGUCUGCUCUGUGACGUCAGGCUGUUACAGCGGUUACUUCUUCGCUGCGUUGCUAACAGUUCAGUCUGAAUCCCUGAGUGGACGAGUCGGCAUCAGCGUAACUAAGCUGCCACAGCAUCAUAAGAGAUGGACCACAACCACGACCACCACAUGGACCCUACCAUGGCCACACCCACCACCGGUCAUGACCACGGAGGAGGAGAUCACGGAGGACACGGUGGCGGCGACAGUGGUGGACACAUGAUGAUGAUGAGCUUCUACUUUGGCUACAAAAACGUGGAGCUGCUGUUCAGCGGACUGCUCAUCAACACUCCUGGAGAAAUGGCCGGGGCGUGUAUUGGUGUCUUCUUGCUGGCCAUCCUGUAUGAGGGGUUAAAGAUUGGCCGCGAGGUUCUGCUGCGUCGCAGUCAAGUCAACGUGCGCUACAACUCGAUGCCGCUCCCCGGGUCUGAUGGGACAGUGCUGAUGGAGACGCACAAAACUGUCGGAGUGGAUGGGGCGGAGCCUAUUUUGAAAGUCAGAGUAAAGUCCAACCUCUCAAGAAGCAACAGGCAGCGGCUGCUCAGCCCCAGCCACUUCCUGCAGACCCUGCUGCACAUCAUCCAGGUGGUCGUGAGCUACUUCCUGAUGCUCGUCUUCAUGACCUACAACGGUUACCUCUGCAUCGCCGUGGCAGCCGGAGCCGGCAUGGGCUACUUCCUGUUCAGCUGGAGGAGAGCGGUGGUCGUCGACAUCACCGAACACUGUCAUUAGCAAACAUGAGAGAGCGAGAGUGGGGGGAGCAUUGACGGGUUUCAUUUCUGCUGAUCACAAUCGAUAACAAACAACUGCGUGUGACACACUCACUACUGCCCUCCAGAGGCGGCGGUGGUGGUGUUUCAGGUAGCACUUGAAAAUAACAAGAAACUAAUUAUUCAGUAUCCAUGGUAACACUGACUUAUUAACAUUAGAUUAGUGUGCACAUUAACCAACACACCAUUAACCAACACAUUUGGCCAGUAAACAUCCUUCUUUUGCUACACACAAAAUCACACAUUGUUAUGGUUUUGCCUGAUGUUUUUUUGUUAUUUUCUUCACACUUUCUAGUGGUUGAGCCAGCCAAUCAGAGCUUGAACUGGCCAAUCCUCCUCCUGUCCUUAAUUCCUCCUUUUUUGUGCCAUGACAACUAGAAGGUUAGCCGUAGCUGCUGCUAGUCAAAGUAGACAAAUCUUACAUACACUAAUCUGUUCGUUAGCGUUGUUAGCAGCUCGCCAAAUGAGCCAUCAAUCACAACAUGGUAUUUAAGCAGAGUUUAAUUUAUGAAUGACACACACGUUAUAUACCUUUAUACAUCAAUUUUAGAUUCUUUUGAUUUAACUGCAAUUGUUAAAAUCGUUUUUUUGGUUUGUUUGUUUGUUUUAAUUGGAAAAAUCACGAAUCAUGUGGUGCUUCUGUGAAUUCAUCCACAGACCUGAAACUAUAAAAUUACUUGUUUACACGACACAUUUUUUUUUUUUUAAAUAUUCUUUUAAAAAAAUCAUCAGUUCACGUUGUUUCUGAGAACUGUCCUCUCUGAGUUCAGGUUUUGUUUUUUGCUUUUUUAAAGUAUAAAGAGAUUGAAAAAAGAUUAAUGAAAGUCACAGAGUCUAGUCUUCUGUGUUUUCUCCCCCCUGGGCCUUAAACGCCAUACCGUCUUGCCUUAAAGUGGCAAUGAUUGGAAAUGCCACGGUGUACACUGGUGACCUUUACUGACUGACGCCAAACUGUCAUCCUCGUAUGUCUUGUCCACGUUUGUCAUAGUUGUGAUUCACACCGGAGGUAGCCGGAGUUUACUUAAUGGACCAACAGUACAGUACAUCGUGUCCCACUCACCUUUGUCUAGGUGCUGUCAGUGUUUGUGGUGCGUUCAGAGCGAGUCUAUAAAUCUUGAGUUGUAUGAUUCAAACACGAUGAAGGAAACUUUUAUCUGGAAGUUGUUUAAUUGUGUCAUAAAUGCUGUAAUAAAAAAAAAGAAUAAAGUUUAAGAGGAA